AUGUACGGUCUCACGGAAGUUUUGAAGGCCGCAUCGGGCAUCCUGAACACGUGCGAGGUUCAAGAUAAUGGCGGUGUGGGUGGUUCCCGCAAGAUCCGCAACGACGGCAAAUGCAAUGCGACGCUUCGCCUGGCCAACACCAAGGACAGAGAACCACCGCAGGGCAUGAGUCCUUUAAUUCCCAAGCAUUGA